AGCUCUCAUCUCCUUCCUCCACUGAUAUCUUCUCGUCCUCCUCAGCUACUACACAGAUCUUCGGACGACAUCCUUCACUACGAACCUACUCCUUCGUAACUAGACUUCUCCUCCGCCAAACAACAUCUCCUCUGGAUCCCAAUUUGCAGCGCCCUUCACGCCCUGCCACAGUCAGAAAGGUUUCGUCGGUUUGGAGCAUGACCGCUGAGAUGAAUUCCUGCGAACUUAUUAUCGAACCCAAUUUCAGGAACAGGAGGACGGAGUCUACUGAUAGCGAAUCCUCACUCAUACCAAAGGUCAAGAAGCUGAGCUUUGUGGACAUGCCUAUGGAUAUCAAGAAAAUGAUUCAAGUCAUCACAUGCAUUGACGAUGAAGGAUUCGAGUUUCCUGACUUUGAACUGAAUACUGUUGAGUCUUUUUGCGAAGUCGAGAAUGAGAACUGUAAGCAGUUUACAAGAGUUUUGGCCUGAUGAUAUUCAAAGGCAUGUUUCAACAGAUUGUAUUCUAGUGUGUAAUGAACCAUAUUGAUUGCAAAUUUCC